UGCGGCUCGUUUUGGGCGGAUGAUGGUGAGCUAAAUCAACUGCACUCCGAGGGUUAUCGCUAUGUACGACUACCGCUGCGAGACAAUGAUAUCUAUUUCAUUCCACGUAAUGUGGUCCAUCAGUUCAAAACCGUGUCCGCCGUGGUUAGUAUUGCGUGGCACGUGCGUCUCAAAUCGUACUACGAAGAGUCUAGCGAUCAUUGUGGCACAUGUCAUUUGGAAUCACGCGCCCGGUCUGCUUCAACAGCCACAGACGAAACCGUAUCCUCGACCGUGUCAUCCACCGAGGUGCCUGGCUCAACACACGCGGUAAGCGGGUCAGAGGUUCCGUCCAGCACCAGUCCAAAUCAGAUGGAUAUACCGAUGAAACGCGUACGGACCGAAAAAGAGCCGCAAUCAGACCCAAAUGCCCAAUCUGUGCUAAGCAGUCCGAAACCCUCAUGA